AUGUCCACCCAAUCCUCCCAAACAGUCUACCACUAUCUCGACAUCGGCCGUCUAGGCCGCGGCGAAGUCCUCAGACUCUUCCUCAAAGACUCCGGCAUCGAGUUCAGCGAAGUCCGCUACCCGUAUGAUGAAAACUGGCCGCAGGUUAGCAAGAAGCUGCAGGAGCAGGGGAUCACUCGAACUGGACUGGUGCCCGCGCUCGAGUAUAAGGGGAAGAUUCUGACGCAGCAUAUCCCCACCCUCCGCUACCUAUCCCGCGACCUUGGCCGCUACGAUGGCGAAACGAGCUGGGAGAAGUAUAUCGUUGAUGCGGUGGCGGAUGUUUAUAUUGAUUGGAGAAGCGAAUGGGUCUCCAAUUUCAUGCAACCCUCUGAGAAAUACAAGAACGAGUCCACAGCCAAGUACUACGAUGUUGUGGGGAAGUACUACGCCGAGACGGAGGGUCCGUAUCUUCUGGGGGAUAAGGUCACGUAUGCCGAUUUCGCUAUCUAUCAGAUUAUGGAUAAUGAUCGGAGGACGGGGACUAUUGUGGCAAAUCUUCCCGAGUCGCUUGUUAGGUUUACGGAGGCCUUUGAGAAGAGAGAGAAUAUUGCGGCGCUUAUCAAGGAGACGAAGUAG